AUGACGGACUUGUAUGUUGAUGGUGGUCUCGAGCGACUCAAGCCUUGCCAUCGAGCUUGUCGAAAGACGUGUAGGUCCGUUAAACUGGCGAUGCAAUUUCAAUUUGCAACAAUCUCUUCAGCAUUAACGUUUGUCGCCUUCUUAAUUUCAGCCUUCAUCUCUAGCAGAUACCGCACCCUGUCCAAUUUCUUCUUGUUCUUUCGGAUGACAAACUUAAUAUCUGUAACAUCCGGUCUUUCUCGGCGAUUUGCAUGCGCUACCUCGGUUGACUUUGCCACGAGUGCGGUCAUGUAG